ACAUUCUCCCUUCCCCACCGACCACACGGUCUCGAUCGCACACCAGUAACUUCCAAAAACAGCAAAAUAUAACCAGAAGAAGUGAAGAACCCCAGCUGCUAGCAGUACCAGUAGUCAACAACGUUCCCCACAGCCUCUGUCGCACACCGAUAUCUUCCAAAAACAACAAAACAUAACCAGAAGAACCCCAGAUGCUAGCUAGUAGUAAAUAACAUCGCACGCAGGCUUCUGUGGCGUUCAGUCUCUGUGGGCAAUCCACACACGCACACACAGGGAGCAAGAGGGAUUUUGUUGUAAUAAACAAGAAAAAGAAAGAAAAGAUGUUGUCGAUGGGGACAUUUUGUGUAUGCAAUUCAAUCACCGACCACAGCCAUGCCGCUGCCCCGGGCCUAAGUGGUCAAUGCCAUCAAAGAUUCUUCAAUUUUACCAAUCGGCGCAGAAAUUUUGUCAUCUCCUCUUCUGGGGCGGCCCAGAAAGGUCCGGUUCUGGCUGUCGCUACCGACGAGCCCAAUGCCAAGCAAGCCGGAUUCCAGCCCAGCCUGGCUGACCGCCUCAGGCUUGGGAGCUUAACCCAGGAUGGCUUGUCUUACAAGGAGAAGUUCAUUGUCAGGUGCUAUGAGGUUGGAAUUAACAAAACUGCCACCGUUGAAACCAUUGCCAAUCUCUUGCAGGAAGUUGGAUGCAACCAUGCUCAGAGUCUUGGGUUUUCAACGGAUGGAUUUGCUACAACACAUACUAUGAGAAAACUGCACCUCAUAUGGGUGACUUCUCGCAUGCAUAUUGAAAUUUACAAGUAUCCUGCUUGGAGUGAUGUAGUUGAAAUUGAGACGUGGUGUCAAAGUGAAGGAAGAAUUGGUACUAGACGUGAUUGGAUCCUUAAAGACUAUGCCAAUGGUGAAGUCAUUGGAAGAGCCACCAGCAAGUGGGUAAUGAUGAACCAAGACACAAGAAGGCUUCAGAAAGUGACUGAUGAUGUCCGUGAUGAGUAUUUAAUCUACUGCCCAAAAGCACCUAGAUUAGCAUUUCCUGAGGAGAAUAAUGCCAGUUUGAAGAAAAUUGCAAAACUGAAAGAUCCUGCUCAAUAUUCCAAAAUAGGACUGGUGCCCCGACGAGCUGAUCUGGACAUGAAUCAGCAUGUAAACAAUGUAACCUACAUUGGAUGGGUUCUUGAGAGUAUACCUCAAGAAGUCAUUGACAAUUAUGAACUACAAACUAUUACAUUGGAUUAUCGGCGUGAGUGCCAACAUGAUGACAUAGUCGAUUCCCUCACCAGCCCUGAACUGGAUGAUGAUGCUGCAAUUCUUCAGACAACUAAUGGGUCCCCUACUGCUAGUAGAGAUACGGACAAGUGCUGCCAGUUUUUGCAUUUAUUAAGAUUAUCUGGUGAUGGACUUGAAAUCAAUAGGGGUCGCACUGAGUGGAGAAAGAAACCUGCAAAAAGAUGAAAUCUGCAUGUACUUCUGGUGGAGAAAGGCGAGCUUUUUGUUUGGUUGUGUUAAACACUAGUGCAUCUCUUCUUCUUUUCCCUUUCUAAUUCUUGACUUUUUCUUCUUCACAAGAGGGAAGGAUUCUGUUUGAAUUAGGCCCUCAUUAGACAGUCAAUUGUGUGUUUCCAUCUUGUUUAAUUCUGCAUAUGAUAGAUGAAGUAGCAGCAUCGAAAGUGUUAUUCAUCACAACAAGGGAUAGAGUUUGACCCUAUGUUAGCUUAGCUUUCUUCAACCCAAUGCAUAGUCAUGGACUCAUCGCUGUUGAACUUUUGACUUGAAUAUACGUACUACGCUAGUGGAACGCAGGUCUCCGGCUGAUGUAUCGGUUGUUCAUCAUCGUCCAUAGUGUACAAUUCAUCACAACAUGUUGGAUUGUUCUAAAA